GGAACGGGAACGCGAACGGGAACGGGAACAGGAGAAAUAUGUAGAUUGUAAAAUGGCGCGUGUCGCGAGGACAGCUCGGACAGCUGUUGUUUACCUACAAAAGAGGUCUGUAGAGUCUACAACUUGUUGGUCCGAAUGAAUCAUUUUCACAGGACGAUUAUCACAGACGUAGAAAUUUAUUCGAAAAGUAACUUGAAAAUGAACAGUAUUUAACGAGAACUAAGAAGAUAAAGGUGAUAGAAUAACGGAUGAAUUUAAACGAUAAAGUGGUUAUACAGUGGUGGCAGUGGUAGUACAAGUCAGCCACGGCCACAGCAGUGUGGUCAUGGUAAUGGUAAUAGCAGUGCAAGUGGUUGUGUAGGUAUUCAAGAAAAAAGACAGCUUAAAGCUCAACGAAAUUCUUCAUGGAAGAAUUAAUCGGAUUCUAUGACGCAUUGUUGAUGUUCGAACCGACAAUAAAUGAAAUUUAUUUCAAGUAAAUAUCACGAGAAGCGUGAAAAUAAAAGUACAUUAAUCAGACCGAAAGGAAAACGAACGGGGAAGUAAAUUAAAGUUAUUCUCGACAAUUUAAGCAACAUUAUGCUUAUUUAUCAAAGACAUAACAUUUUCCUAACCGUUGUUACGUAAAUGUGUGAAUAAGGUAUCCAAAGGAGCAAAAAAUCUUAUUCUUCAUUUUUGCUCCUUUAUUUCAAUGCGAGUAUAUAUCCGUGUCGGAUAAUUUAGUCGUAAAACUCUAUAAAGAAUGUAGAAAGUUACUUGUAUGACGUUAUUUAUUGAUUAUUUCAUUGUAUUUUGGAACAAUAUUGGACAAUUUUUUACAACCAAAAGAUGACCAAAUAUCAUCCAGUAUCACAGCAAGUCUCCACUGUUAAUCAUCGUUUUUACCACUGCUCUUACGAGGAAUCACCAUGAAUGCGAGAACUCAAUUGUUCGAAUUAAGUAUGGAGGGCCGACAAGUGGACGAUGCGGUAGCGAGUAUUUUCCACAGCGUUCUUUUUCAUAGGAGUCUUGGUAAAUUCAAAUACAAACAAGAAGGCAGCUAUUCGGUAGGCACUGUGGGAUACCAAGACGUCGACUGUGAUUUCAUCGAUUUUACUUACGUGUGUUGUUCGUCUGUGCACCUGGACCAAACAUUGAAACGUGAAAUAUCAGGUUUUUCCGAAGCUUUACGGUCCACCGAUAGUCCAGGUUCGGGCCAAAUAUCCUUGGAAUUCUUUCAGAAGAAGAAAAAUCGUUGGCCCUUUCAACCGGAAUGCAUACCAUGGGAAGUAUGGACAGUACGUUUGGAACUAAUAAAAUUAGCGACAGAGCACGAAAGACAGAUAUGCAGGGAAAAAGUUGGCGAUUUAUUAACGGAUAAAAUUCUUUACAUAACGGAAGUAAUGAAUCGUCACGAUUAUCUUCCUAAAAUGCCAAAUCAAGCCGAAUUAGAUCUGAUAUUCGAUACUUCGUAUCCGGAUAUACAACCGUAUUUGUUUAAAUUAUCGUUUACAACGUCUAGUCCGUCGAGUACAACAAUGGGUAAUACGAUGAAGAAGCUGAUCAAAGAGACGUUAUCUAUUUAGUCGUGUUCGUCGUCUUACAGGGGUGUUGUAGCGUAACGCUACAUCUACGACGCGAAUUCCUUUAAAUAAAAAACUUUGGGAAACGCUCGUUGGAAAUAGAAGAAGUUUACUUGUCGUAUCGAGUUUCGAUUCGCGUAUACGCUUGCCUUUCUAUCAUUUUAAUUUCUUGUAUCGUUAGUUGCCAAGUGUUGGUUGUGCUACAUUUUACAUACUAAAUUUUCCAAGAAAUGUCGUCCAUAUCUGUUAUCUAUACAUAUAACAACUCGUCAAGCGUGAGAUCUGGAAAUGAAAUGGAAUAGAAUGAUAUCUGGUGUGCGCGUUACAACAACAUCGUUUACGUUACGAUCCGUGUAAAUACAAGUUCUGUGCCGACAAUACUUGUCAGGAAAAUCAGACUAAUAUUUACGAUAACUGCAAUUAUAUAGACCUGAAAUUUUUGUAAAAUUUCUAUAGUACAAAGAAACGAAUCGUGUACAGUUGUUAAAUUUCCGCGUAUGAACCGUUUCUGUCUAUGCAGUACCGUUGCAUAAGUUUGUCGAUUGCAUGUUAAAUAGCACGUGUCUCUUUGUAGUCUAAAAAAAUUCUAAUUUAUUCAUAUGUUUGAUUGUUAUUAGCAUUAUUAGCAAAAGAAUGACAAGUUUUUCUAAUGUCUUGUUAACGUAAUGCAAUUUCAGAAACGUUCAUCUUUUUUGUUUCUUUGAAACUUUCCUCGUGGUAAGAGUUUGUUUUAAAGAAAGUAAUUUGACAGGCAAUAAAUGUAUUUUAACGCGUAUAGCCAUCAUUUAUUAUGGAUGUAAAUAAACAUUGGAAUGUUUAUUCUCGUAUCGUAGUUACUUACGUAUCGUUUCCGUUGGAAAAUUUGGAAUGUUAUACGAGAUAUCGUCAGUCUUUGAAAACUAUACACGGUACAUGGAACAAGUAUUAUGCUCGUCGUAUGGAAACAGUUACAGAUCUUACAGAAGGCUUAGUUAUGUGAAUGUAUAAGUUUAAUGGUAUGUUUACGUUUUUAACAUACUUUUUAGAAAAGUUGGAAAUUGCAAAUUGUUAAAAUGUGUCGGAAGUAAAAUUAUCGUUGAAAUUCUGAUCUGUUGCUAAUCGAAAUUAUACUAUUUUUGUAUAAUUCGCGAAGGCAUGCGUCCUCCGAGCAUCGUACAGGCUACGUUAAAUACCGUAUGCGGAUAUACGUUACGCAUGUUGACGUAUAUGUAUACACGUAUUCAAAUUUAUUCGGUUAGGUACAGACUGGUAAUUCUUCUAAACAAUAGAGUACAAUAUAACAGAGAUAAAUAUAAAUAUGUGUUAUACACAUAUACAUAUACAUAUACAUAUACAUAUAUGUACAUGUUUUAACGGGGAACGUGACAUAUCGGUCGAAGUAUAAACAAUUGAACGUAGUUGAUUAACAUUGAAAUAGCGGUCGUGUGAUCGAAAGAUUGAGUUGGCAAGAAAAGAGAAUCGUGGAUCGAGAUUAGAAGAGAUUGAAACGAUUUUAAAGUGGUUCACAGAUAGUUACUUACGAUACCAUAUACAUAUAUGUAUAGGAAAGAUUUGUCCUCGAGUUGAAAUUUUUGCUUAAGUGUCGUGUUUGUAAAAUAAAAAGCGAAGCGAUACGAAUAAUUUGCGUGAAAAUGGAAUUUCGUUCUAUGGACAUUAAUUGUAAUUGUAAGUGCGAUGUAGUGGCAAUGUAACACGAUGUUCUCGUGUAAAAAUGCGCACACGCAAAAAUGUAUGAUAUACCGAUGAAAUAUGCGUACAGGAUGUUUCGUGAUAUCCAUCGGAUCCGAAGAAACAUAAAUGUCCUUCGAAAUAGAACGAUCCUUUCAUAUUUUUAUACAACCAUCAAUUUUCCGAAUACGUUACCCAUCCAGUAGCUGAUUGCUGCGAGUACGGGUUCGAACGUAUCCGAAUAUUUCUAGCAAAUCGUGGCUAUAAGAUUUAGCGACGUAAUCUCUGUUGCGAUUCCAAGCGAUCCUACCAAAUUACACGAUAGAAGCAUACAAAAGUAUUCGCUCACGUAUUUCUCGGAUUUGUUGGACAUUGUGCACCUUGGACGAAACUUGGUAAUUGCGUGCCUGCUAUUCGUACACGAGCAAGUUGAUACAUGUAUAUUUUUGCAUAUAUACAAAUUGCGCGUGUACGAUACUAUAUAUAUAUAUAUAUAGAGAGAGAGAGAGAUAGAGAGAGAGAGAGAGAGAGAGAGAGAGAGAGAACUGUAUAAAGAAAAGAAUGAUGAAAAGAAAGUGGAAAUGUGAAAAGAGCGACUAGACGUAGAUACACGUGCAA